ACCGUCAACGGAACUGUUCAUACAUAACAGGAAGUGGGCCUCCCCAUUGACACCAUUUUCUAGCUGGCGUUUAGUUUUACGUUGUUUUGCCCCUUUCUCCUUAACGGACUCGUUUUGUCCGUCUUUAUUUCCUUUUUAGAUUGAAAACAAGGACCAGGAUCCAAGAUGGGAGGCGGGGAUCUGAAUUUAAAGAAGAGCUGGCACCCCCAGACUAUGAAGAACAUAGAGCGGGUUUGGAAAGCCGAGCAGAAACACGAGGCAGAACGCAAGAAGAUCGAGGAGCUCCAGAAGGAGCUGAAGGAGGAGCGCGCCCGAGAAGAAAUCACCAGAUAUGCAGAGGAAUCGGGGGCCAUCAAGAAAAAAGAUGAUCGACUUGACUGGAUGUACCAAGGCCCCGCCGGUCAGGUGUCCAGGGACGAGUACCUGAUGGGGCGCCCCAUUGACAAGCAGAUCACCGAUCAGUACGAGGAGCCGGAGAGCGGCCCAUCAGCUGAGACCGGCCUCCUCCCGGGAUCGAUAUUCAACCCUGCCACCCCAGCUUCCGGCCUCGAUCUGGCAGCCAAGAUCAGGGAAGACCCCCUGUUCCAAAUACGGAAACGAGAAGAAGAAAAGAAGAGAGAAGUUUUGACUAAUCCAGUAAAGAUGAAGAAAAUAAAGGAAAUGCUGCGCCAAAACCUUGACAAAAAAGACAAGAAAAAGAAGAGGAAGAAGGAAAAGAAGGAGAAGAAAGACAAGGAAAGGAAAAAGGAAAAGAAGCAUAGGAGGAGGAGUUCCAGCUUAAGCUCAGAGGAAGGUGAUAGACACAGGUCACACUUACGGGAUGAAUCUAAAGAUGGCAGAUCCCGUUCACGCCAUCUUCCAGGAUAUGGCCUCCAGCUUCCAGGCGGCAGACAUCAACAGGAUUCAGAGAUUUCUAGUCACUCGGGGCGCCGGGAGAGAAGCCGCUCACGAUCUCCCCACAAGAACCACAAGGACAGUCGCUCCUACUCUUCCUCCUCUUACAGAGCUGACAAGAAGGUGGAGGCGAAAGAUCCCAGCCCAAAGAGGGAGCAUUACCAGAGACAGAGGAACCCCGUGUCAAAGAAGCUUUCUGCGGAGGAACUGGAACGAAAGAGGCGCGAGAUGAUGGAGCAGGCCAAGCAGCGGGAGGAGGAUCGGGAGAAUAACGUGAAACGAUACAAGAAGCAAGACGAGCAAGAUAAGCAGAGGGAACAAAACGCCAAGCACGACCGCCAUGCUGGCUUUAUCCAUAACAUGAAGCUGGAAAGUGCUGCCAGCUCGUCUUUGGAAGACAGAGUGAGGAGGAACAUUCACUCCAUUCAGAGGACACCCGCCUCCCUGGACAACUUCAUGAAGAGAUGAUUGUUGCAAAUGCGUUUGUGCAAAGACUGAAAACACAAGAUUGCUCCUUAUGUCCCAACAUAUGUCUAUUUAAUGCUGUUGAGAUCAUGUGGGUGCAGUCUAGUAAAUGGAGAGCACAAAGGUCCACCCUAAGGCUUUUAUUCUGAAAAGCACAUUUUACAAGAGGAAAAGCCAAUAUCGUGGCUGCUUUUUUUUUUCCAUGCCUGUAUUGAAAGCAACGUUGAUGUACAGUAUAUUGUAAUGGGUGUUUAACACAUUAAAUGGAUCGGUUUUAUUUCUAAAAAAAAA